AGGUGUAAAUGGUGCACAAACUGCCCCGAGGGAGCCUGUAUCAGCACUAACGGCAGCUGUACCAAGGAGAAUGACUGCCGCAUUAACCAGAGGGAGAUCUUCGUGGCCAGUAACUGCUCUGAGAUAUCAUGUGAAGCCUCCGACUGCAGCAAGUGCACUGCUUCUGGGAAGUGUAUGUGGACUCGGCAGUUCAAACGUACAGGCGAGACCCGCCGGAUCCUCAGCGUGAGUCCCGCCUACGACUGGACCUGCUUCAGCCACUCUCUGCGCAACGUGUCACCAAUGCCCGUGGAAUCCUGCCCGCCAGAACCAUGCCCAACGCCAUGCCAUAACCUCACCACCUGCGGUGAGUGUCUGAGCUCGAAUGGCUCAGACGGAGGUUGGCAGCAAUGUGUCUGGAGUCUGGCUUUGCAGCAGUGUAUGAGCCCGAGUUUCCUGCCAAUGCAGUGUGCUGCUGGAAUGUGUGGCCGGCUACUGAAGGGGGUGAAAGCCAGCUGUAAUCUGUCAUGUGCCAGCUACCACCAGUGCUCCCACUGUGUCCGACACUCUCACUGUGGCUGGUGUGCCACCCGCGGACUCAAUGGAAAUGGAAGAUGUAUCCAGGGCGGUCUGAAUGGGCCUCAGGACGAUGGCAGCCAGAGCUGCCCAGACUCCGAUGGAACCUGGGCCUUCAUGUCCUGCCCACCAGAGAAUGAGUGUCUGAAUGGGCACCACAACUGUGAUGAUACCCAGAACUGUACCGAUAAGCUGCAGGGAUUCGAGUGUAUCUGUAGAAAUGGCUACAUGCAGGACAGUCUGCUGGGUCUCUGUAAGCCAGUUUGUGAGCAGGGCUGUGUUAAUGGAACAUGUGUGCAGCCCAACAACUGCCAGUGUCACUUUGGUUACGUGGGCCAGAACUGCUCUGUGGAGUGUCAGUGUAACCAGCACAGCAACUGUGAGAGUGUCAGUGCUCGGGAUCGCUGCCUACAGUGUGUCAAUAAUACCAAGGGUGAUCACUGUGAGAAAUGCCAGCCUUUGUUUGUGGGUUCAGCAGUGGCUGGUGGAUUGUGUAAACCUUGCAGCAGCUACUGCAACAAUAACAGCCACAUCUGCGUCAUGAGGGAGCAGUACGAGAAAGCAAGGGCAGAGCCGGAGAGAUAUCCACUAGACACACUCAAGAUAACGAACUGGCUGCUGGAGGGGCCAUCGUCGCAGGAUGCUGUCUGUGUCCAGUGUCAGAACAACAGCUCCGGCGAGCGCUGCGAGACCUGCCUGGAUGGUUUCUUCUUGCUGGAUGGGAAAUGCACCAAGUGAGAGACCAAAUACCCUCAAACCCACACCCCAACCACC